AUGACAAUCGUUUUAGGUACCUUUGGAUAUUCAUCUCAACCUUUUUGUAUCUACACUUUUCCACAACUUCACUUUUGUUUAGAAGAAAUAGUAGCUGUCUUUUGUAAUGAUAAUCAAAGUCUUUUUAAACAAAAAUCAAAAUAUCUUUUAGAACUUUAUAAACAAUAUCCUACGGAAUUUAUUAAACAUCAAAAGGAAGGUCGUAUUUUGGUGACAAGUCAAGUAUGCUUAGAGAUUGCAAGACUCUUAGGUCUUUAUUGUUUAGCAGAGCUAUGUAAAUUAACUUUGGAUGAAAUUGUACAUGGUCAACUAGCUGAGCCUUUGUUAGAUACAAUUGAAUGUCGUGGUUGGGAAGUAUCCUAUAAAGAACAAAUACUAAAGGAUGAAGAUUCAAGUAUUUAUGAAUCCUGUAAAGGAAAUGAGUGGAUAUUUGUAAAUGAGAAUGAUGAUAGAUUAAACAUGAGUUCAUCCCCUUCUUUAGUAACAUUGAAUCAUGUUAAACAUAUCAGUAAACAACCUUCAUUCAAAAAUCCUACAAUCGCUUUACUCUAUCAAUGGUUAUCAACUGAUUUAUUAUUAUGUGGUGACUUAUCUGUAGCUCGACAACAACAAGCCAUUAUUGAAACUCGUCAACGGCGUAUAUCAUUCACACACAAAAAAUUACCUACUCAUACUACUACUACUAAACGAAAAUAUUAUCAAAUGACGUCGACAAAGAUUGCAGGCAAUAAAAGUCAACAUGAUAGAAUAAUAAAAAGUCAUGAUGAAAGUAGUAGAAAUCUGCAUUUAUUAGCUACUCAAGCAACUCAACUUAUACAUAAAAAACCAAGAUUACCGUCAUUAAAGACUAUGUUAUCUGGUUUAAAUCAUCAUUAUUAA